AGAUAUAUACAAAAGAAGAAUAUCAUCUACCAUGUUGGCCUUAAACACUAAAUAACGGCUUUUAUUGUCAUCGAUUAUUCACGCUGUGUGAAAUAAUGAUUCUUAUCUUCGCCUCUCGUAGUUUACAUUCAGUGCUAACGUGGCAAACAUUAGCGGUAGAAUUUUCCAUUUAUAUACAUAUAUACGACCUCCUGACAUCUCAAAAUGAAAUUCAACACCGCACAAAUAUAAAUAGAAUUUCACGUACGAGGGUUCUGCGCGUGUACUAGGAUUUAACUAUAAAGAGCAUUUAGCCGUGCGAGAUAGCCUUCAGAGAUUCGAAGAAAGUGCGCGAGGAGAGACGCUCCCUUCUGUCAUUCUUAUCGCGUUCUGGGGCGGAGCUCCUUUCCCUGCGAGCAGGGAACAUUUAACACAGUUCGCGUCAUAAUGUUCGGUGGGUGCGUCGAGUUCUCUUGGACUGCAUUAGGAAUAGUCGUGGGUCGAUCUCUAAUAUUGAUCUAUUACAGAAUGGAACGAAGCCUGUGAUCGGUAGAGGUAACACACAACAGCAAGCCAUCUCUCUCCCCUCUCCCCCUUCCUCACUCUAUCUCUCUCUCUCGCUCAUCCCCCCUCUCUCUCCUUCUUGCUGUCUCUCCUCUCCGUUAAGCGUGGCGCGACCGCGUGGCUCGACGAUUAUACGACGAUCGACGACCUCUGAAAGAGAAAAAAAGAAAAGAAAAGAGUCAAUGGCGGGAUACACGCGCGUGUCCAACUGCUGUGUCCCUGGCUUUUGCACCGGAUAGACCGAAAACAUUGGCCGACGCGACGCCAUAAUCUGAUCUAUGAGGAGGCUCGAAGUGAGGUAUACUGAUAACGGUCGCAUUUAAGAAACGCAACGUAUUACAUAUAAAGUAUUCCAGAAUAUCGCGCAGUAACGGACACGACGACAGCGAGAUUCGGUGUGCAGUCCUCCUGCGGCAAAAGUGUAUUCCCCGAUUUCGACGUCGGCCGAGUGAUAUUUAACUUUUAUCGCAAGUCAGUGUCAGUGUUUAUUAGUGAACGUCGCAUUGACAAGUGAGUUUUUACGAUGUGAAAGACGAGCUUCUUCGAGCUAAUUAACAUUUAAUUGCGUCAAGAUGGAAAUGUGACUCAUCGAAAAAUGUGGAGUGCAUCCAAAGGCGAGAAAGAGACUCAUCGCAAAAAUAAUGCUCUGACAAUCGAUCCGUGCCGAGGCGAAGAGAAUGUGCAUACUUUGACAAGAUUUUCGUGAGACGUGUGUACGCAUACACACGCAUAUACACACACACACACACACACACAAGCUGGAUUCAGGGCAUUACAACAACGCCAAUUAAAAAAUAAUAAUCGACCGUGACAAUAGAAUAUAUAUAUAUGUAUAUAUAUGUAUAUAUAUAUAUACAUAUAUACUAGCUCUUUUAAUAAGCUCAAGAAAUAAUGAUAUAAAAUAAUUAAAAUUAAAUUAAGAAUGAAUAUGCUAGUAAAGAACUAGUAUGCUAAUGGGCUUGAAUAAAAAAAGAAGAAUAUUAAGAGAAAUAAAACCGACGAAUGACAUAACGACGCAAUUUCCGAAAAUGUGGUUGCCAAUGUUAAUCAACAAGACAUUCCUGGUGCUUCUACUAUUAUUCUCGGUGUAUUUUGUCGGGAUGGAUCUGCUGCUUUACUUCAGGGUACAGAAUUACGAUGUGCGUCCGCGUGGAAACGACACGCGAAUUUCGCCGUAUCCUUCGCCAAUUUUAUGCGAUGUGAAUCCGAUUUGCACGGUGACGGUGAAAGCUAUGAUGCUGGAUCAUCCUAAUCAUUAUAUCCUGAGUCCCUUGGCGAGCCUAGUGGAUUACCUACUGGGCAUCAGUCGUCUCUGGACGUGGCUGACACCGAACAUCAUCAGUGUAUCUCACGUGAUAGUGGCCAUAAUCGGCGCCCGAUACAUCACACGGAAUUCUCUCUCUCACAGACGAGUCGGUGCCGUUCUGUUUCAAGUCAGAGCCUGGUUAGAUAACCUGGACGGCCACGUGGCCAGAACUAGACUCAAUAUCGACGGCGAGAGAUCGGAUUUUGGUUCUAUCGGUUACUUUGUGGACGGCGUUUGCGAUGGCCUCGGCUGCAUCGCUCUCGUAGUCGCGGUAUUUCUAUUUCUAAAACGCAAUUCCAAUCGCCGCGCUGGCUAUGAACGACUACCCAUUCGAACGUCAUCAACGUCCAACAGUGCCGUCUCCUCCGUCCCGUUCUGGAAGUCGCCCCUGUACAAUAUGCUGAUGGUGGGCCUGAACUUUUCCCUGACGAGUAUCGCUUGGAAUCGAUACAUAUCCGUGUAUCAGGAUCUUCUAGAGACCGACAGUAGCAUUCUUCCGAUCACGCGCAAGGAUCUCUACGAUAGGCAAACCGUCGUCUUCAGGAGCCCCUCUUUCUGGACAGUCGCACUCGCCUGGAAGACCUUGAAUUUCCACGCAAUGAUGGAUUACUUGCUUCUAGCGAUAUUCAUGGAUCGUACCUGGGAAUAUGUUAGGCUCGCAUGGUGGCAAUUACCCUCCGUCCUGUUAUUACUUGUUCUUAUCAGCGAAUUUCAUUAUAUUAAUGCGUAUGCAUAUGUGGAGGUAUCACCAGUGAACGAGAGCCUGCGGUUCUUCUCCUUGUACGCGCUUCCUAGUCCAUGACACUUUGCUUCUUGUUAUUGUGAACGUUCUAUAAUGAUAAUUAUUCACUCGAUUUGUUCUUAAACCGCGUUUUAAAUAUUUAUUAUUUUUUAAAUUAUAAUUAUGUGCUUAUGUGUUUAUUAUAUGAUUUUUUUAAAUAUAAUCUUAAAACACAUCGCUUUGAGGAUAAAAUUUCUUAAUUAAGGAAUAUAUGAGACUGUAUUGUGCCGAUUUUCGAAUUAAAUAAAUUGUAUUGUAAAUUGUAUUCUUCCGCGAUAAUGUUGCAAAUAUCCAUGUCUUCGAAAACAAAAUUUUGUAAUUAAAAAAUUGACACUGUAAGCAAUUUUUAAGCGAUAGUCAAGAACGUUACAAUAGUUAUUUUAAUUAAAAAUAAACAUCCCAUUACAGUAUCAAAUCACAUUACAUUAACAAUAGUUUCAAAUCGAAAAAAUUAUGCUCUAAAAUAUAGAAAUUAAAGACUGGACAAAUUCAAAAAAUACUGUAGCUUGUCAUCUUGUCAUCUUGUCUUUAAAAGAAAAACUAUGCGAUACAUAUAAA